GCUGAUAUCGGGACACAAAGAGCCAGACCACACACUCAAAACAACCCUGCAGCCAACAACAGAAGGUGUUUCAACGCUACUGCAGUGACUCUGGGAGGGUUUUAUCUUCUGAUAUUGGCUGGACUCUUCAUUCGCUUCAUUUUGCUGCAGACCAGAUACGAGAUGCUGCAGACCCAAUACAACCAACUGAGCAACAACAACAGUCAGCUCCAGGUGAAAGUUUCAGACAUCUCCAUCAACUACAGUCAGUUACAGAGCAGUUAUGAAACACUGAGUGUAAAUCACAGUCACUUACAAGAUGAAAUAAAGCAGUUGAAGAACAGAACUAAAGAUAAAAGCUGCCCUGAUGGAUGGACGACAUUUGGAUCCCAUUGUUACUUUAAAUCUAAAGAGAAGAAAACUUGGGAUGGAAGCAGAGCUAUCUGUCAGCAGAGAGAAGCAGAUCUAGUCGUCAUAAACAACAAAGAGGAACAGAAGUUUGUUACUGAGCUGAGUAAGGAUGGAGAGUCCUGGAUUGGUCUACUGUAUGAAUCGAGCCAAUCUGGAUACAAAUGGGAUUGGGUCGAUGGAUCACCACUGACAGAAACGUUCUGGGCAGCAGGACUGCCUCACUAUGACGGUUACAGGUAUGCUGCAAAAUGCUGCGAUCAACAAGAAAAAUGGACACAAAGGCGAUAUUAUGAUAAUAAGAACUGGAUCUGUGAGAAAGUUUUUCUCUGA